AUGACCUGUCUUGGAAACAACCUCCCCAUCUCCACAACCAGCCUCUCGAUCGACAGAAAAGGAACCUCAAUCCUAACAUCCCCCCGCUACUCCCACAUCCAAUCCAACAUCUACCAACGCAUCUACACCCCCACUUUCUCCGGCUACUUCAUCUGCCGUGGUCUCUCCCCGUCCCCUCUCCCCCCAAAGGAAGCAGACAUCUUCCUCCUGCACUGCCACGGAGGCGGAUACGUCGCGGGCCAUCCAGCAGCCGGCGCCGUCGCGCAUCUCUAUGUAGCGGAACAAUUGCGGAAGAAAGGUCUGUCUGUGGCGGUGUUUAGUCUGGAUUAUUCACUUGCGCCGAAGGCGCGGUGGCCUACGCAGUUGCGGGAGGUGGAGGCUGCGUUUGAUUGGGUGGUGGGUGAGUUGGGGGUGCAGAGGGAGAAGGUGGUUGUUAUUGGGGAUUCCGCCGGGGGGCAUUUGGUGUUGGGGUUAUUGGUUAGGUUGUAUCUAAGAAGGAUUGAGAACACGGAGGGUGGAGAUGUGGAAAUCGAAAUGGAAAGACAAAGGGAUGAUGAUAGACCCGGCGCAGCGGUGUUGUUGAGUCCGUGGGUGAAUCUGCAUUCGUCGCAUCCUCGUGUCUUGGCGCUACAUUGGGAAGAGAGGUUGUUUAAGAUCGGGCUGGAUAAGUACUGUGAGAUGGUGAUGGGGGAAGCGUCGCGGGAGGUGGAUGAGCUGUAUGGGAACUUUGCGGUGGGAGGGGAGAAGCGCGGAUCUUGGAAGGAGAUUUUGCCGAGAAAUACUUGGGUCUCGGCUGGGGAGGAGGAGCUGGUGUUUCGGUAUGAUAUUGAGGAUUUGGUGGAUAGGGCUAGAGAGGAUGGAGCGGAUGUGCAGCUGGAGGUGACGGAGGGGAAGAAUCACGCGUGGCAGAGCGCGGAGGCGUUCGGACAGCAGAGUCAAUUUCUGGCGCUGUCGAUGGAUGAGGACGAGGGGGAUUUAAUGCAGGGAUAUAAACGGGUUGCGGAGGAGAUAUUCAAGAUGGUGGUCAAGAUUGAGUCAGAUGUGUGUACUGUAUAA